UUAAAAUUUUGCACCUUCUUUUGUCAAGUAUUAAAACGGCCUGACAAAAUUAAGUAUAAUAUUUUAAUGUGAUUUUCUAUUCAAACAAUUUCAGAAAAAAUGGGAACUGUUCAUGCAAAGGAUACAAACACAUCUAGAGAUACAAAUCAAACUUCAAAUAAGAGUAAUGAAAGACAGAAUUUCACAAAGAAUGAUUCUCCACCAGAUUUUUAUGAAAAAAUGAAUUUUCUUGAACAGAAGAAAGAGCAAACUGGAAAGCAACCUGAUCUUCAUUUAGUAAAGGCAAGAGUUGACAAAGUACAUGUAGAUGGACUUAUGAGAACAAAGGAUGACAUAAUAAAAAGCCAAGUAACAGAACUUUUUAAAGCUCAAAAUUUUUAUGAAGUGAUUCAACAUGCCUACAAUGUCAGAGAAAAGCUGCAAAAUUUAGGAUGUUUUGGGAAUGUUGGAAUUUUCAUUGAUACCAGUCAAGGUCCUCGUGCUACCCCAGAAGGCGUUGAAGUAACCUUUAUAGUACGUGAAAUGAGACGUCUAACAGGUGGAAUUAGCACUAUGGUUGGAAAUAAUGAAGGUUCAGUUAUUGUUCAAGCAAAGGCACCUAAUUUAUUUGGAAGAGGAGAACGCGUUCAAAUGGAAUAUUCUUAUGGUUCAAAAAGCUCAACAAAUAUUAGUAUAGCUGCUAUUAAACCAUUUUUACACAGUUGGCUCCAUACAGUUUUAACUGGUAGUGUGUUCAAUACAUCCCACAAAUUUCCAUGGUCUGGUUUUAAUCAAACCGACAAAGGUCUUUUAUUAGAUAUUGCUCUCAAUCCAGAUGGAGCAGGUAUAUUAAAGCAUAAUUUACAGUACGAAGCGACAUAUAGGGAAAUUAUUUCUUUAAAACAAGCAUCGAUCUUUGUUCGAGAACAAUGCGGUCCAAAUUUGAAAUCUGCAUUGCGACAUAUUUGUUCUAUCGAUAAAAGAGACUCGUUAAUAUUUCCCACAAUGGGAAGUCUUAUACAGUUCUCAACAGAAGUAGCUGGACUCGGUGGAGAUAUUGGGUUUGUUAAAAAUGAUCUUACUGUGCAAACUAAUUGGACGCCGCAUGAAUAUCUAACCUUCCAGCUGGGUUUUCAAUCUGGGUUGCUACGAGGAUUUAGCGGUGAUAUGAAAAUAAAUAUUGCUGAUCGGUUCUUUUUGGGUGGACCACUGAAUCUUAGAGGAUUUGAUACGAGAGGUUGUGGAUAUCGCCAUGAUGGUAAUUCUAUAGGGGGCGAUGCAUAUUGGGCAGUAGCACUUCAUUUAUACACACCAUUACCAUUUAGACCUGGCCGUAACGGUUUUGGUGAUCUAUUCAAGUUACAUGGAUUUAUCAACGGAGGAAAUGUAUCGAAUUUUACGUUCAAGUUUGCUAAUGAUCACAAAGAAAAUAUGAAAAUUUUUACGGAAAAUGUUCGUUGUGCAGUUGGUGGAGGUAUUGCGAUGAAAUUUGGAAAUAUAGCGAGAAUAGAGUUAAAUUUAAUUAUGCCACUACUAUACCUCAAAAGUGACAUAUUGCAACAAUUUCAAUUUGGUAUUGGAUUGCAGUACCUAUAA